AUGGCAUCUCUUCCAGACGCGCUCUUGUCGGAACCGCAGCGGCCAUGUGGCCGUGGUGGUACCACUCCAAGUGGUACAGUUCACGGCACCCGUCGGUACAAAAAAAGACGCGCCUCGUCGCCCGUAGCAGAGCCUGCGGCCCCCCGAGCGGUCCACAAGAUGUUGAAGUUGGUGUUGGCCACGUCGAUGGCCGAGCCACCAAAACGAGGAGUCCAGCGGCCAGUGCCGCUACCAAAUGGAGCUGUGUUUUACCCCACGCGGGAGCAAUUUGCUGACCCGAUCAAGUACAUUGCCAGUAUUGAGCACGGAGCUGCGCGGACGGGCAUUUGCAAGAUUGUGCCGCCACGAGGGUGGGGUCCUACUUUUGCUAUUGAUCUGGAAGAUGAGCACGUGCUGUUUGACACGAGGAAGCAGAAGAUUCACGAGCUGCAGGAAGGACGAGCGUAUGGCAAAGGCAGGAAGCACACGUUUAAGUCGUUCCGGGGAACGGCUGAUGCGUUUCGAGACCAGUGGUUACGUUCGAGGGAACUGGAUCCGAAAGCCACGACGUCGGAGGAGAUUGAGCAGGAGUACUGGCGCAUUGUCCAGACGGGUGGACCUCGUACUGAGGUGGAGUACGCAAACGACCUUAACAUUGCGCAAGUCGGCAGCGGGUUUCUGCGCUCGGCCAAGCGGUUCACAUCUCAGGCAACAAAAGGAAAGGAAGUGAUUGACUUCACCGACUCAGAGUACUACCGGAACACUGGAUGGAAUCUGAACAACCUCCCGGACGCGUACGGCUCACUGCUUCGUCACCUAGGUGCGGCAAUAAAUGGCAUCAAUGUGCCGUGGUUGUACUGCGGCAUGUUGUUUGCGUCGUUUUGCUGGCACGCCGAAGACAAUUACAUGUCGAGCAUUAACUACCACCACUUUGGUGCCAAGAAACGAUGGUACGGGAUUCCUUCCUCGGAUGCCGAAAAGUUUGAGGUUGUGAUGAGGACGCAAGUGCCUGAACGAUUCCGUGAGAGCCCGGACUUGCUCCUCCAUUUGACUACCAUGGUGGCUCCGUCGGUCUUGCAAGAGGGCGGUGUGCGAGUAUUUACACUGGUCCAGGAGCCUGGAGAGAUUAUUCUGACUUUCCCCAAAGCGUACCAUUGUGGCUUUAGCGAAGGCUUUAAUUGCAACGAAGCUGUGAACUUUGUGCUUCCAAACUGGAUUGACUUCGGAAAAGAGUGCGUCGAGAUGUACCGUAGUUACGGACGAGUGUCUAUCUUUUCACACGAUCGAUUCGUGUUCCACUUCGGGUCGACGCAGAACCUUGACGAGUAUUCAGUCGCGGACUGUGAAAUGUUGCUAAGGGAGCUGCGGCGGUUGUUUCACGAGGAGAGAGGCUACAAGAAGCUUUUUCUCGCGGAAGGGCUGCAGAAUGUGGAAGAGUUGAGCGGCGACGUGAUGCUGGACGAGCAGUCAAUGGAAGUGGAUGACGUCCGGCAGUGCUUCUUGUGCAAGCACAAUGUUUUCUUCUCGGGUGUCAUCUGCAGGUGCAAUCCCAAUCGAUUGUCAUGCUUGCGUCACACAAAGCAAAUGUGCGGCUGCUCGAUUCAGAGUCGUACACUGCUGCAGUGGGUAAGCACGGCUGAACUACGGUAUGCAAUUCGACGCGUGCAGACGAAGAUGCGAGCUCUGAAAGCGAAAAGUGGUGCACCAAUGUUGAGUCAACCGCAACUCAGAGGUAGUGCACAAUGCGAUGCGUCAUCAGCAGUCGUUCGUAGUGGGCUCUAG